AACCCUCCCCCCUCUCCCUUUCCCCACCCCCACUCUCCCCCUCCCUCCCUCAUCAGCGCAGCUUCUGCUCCGGCUGCUGCUGCCACCACCGCAGCUCUCCUCUCCGCUGGGGCCACAGCCUUGAGUGUCAUUCAAGCGGCCGCCAAACACCACCCCAAGCUCUCUUACCCCAACCUCAACAGUCUUCCCCUUCGCUUCCCACUUCCCAUUCCAUACUUCCCCCCAAAAGGGGUGGGGGCAAGCAGGGAGUGGGGCCGAGAGAAGGGAAAGCGAAGUCUUCCCCUUCAUACCCUAGCUACUCCUAGACCUCUCACCUCCUGGAAAUCUAAGAAAUCUGAGCAGAGCAGGGCAGACGACCCCACUGCCAUGUCUAAAAGCUUGAAAAAGAAAAGCCACUGGACUAGCAAAGUCCAUGAGAGUGUCAUUGGCAGGAACCAGGAGGGCCAGCUGGGCUUUGAACUGAAGGGGGGAGCUGAGAAUGGACAGUUCCCCUACCUGGGGGAGGUGAAACCCGGCAAGGUGGCCUAUGAGAGCGGCAGCAAGUUGGUACCUGAGGAGCUGCUGCUGGAGGUGAAUGAGACUCCAGUGGCUGGACUCACCAUCAGGGAUGUGCUAGCCGUGAUCAAGCACUGCAAGGACCCCAUCCGACUCAAGUGUGUCAAGCAAGGAGGAAUUGUGGAUAAGGAUCUUCGCCACUACCUCAACUUACGGUUUCAGAAGGGAUCAGUGGACCAUGAGCUUCAACAGAUUAUUCGUGAUAACCUCUACCUCCGAACAGUGCCAUGUACCACAAGGCCACAUAAGGAGGGCGAGGUCCCCGGCGUGGACUAUAUUUUCAUCACAGUUGAAGACUUUAUGGAACUAGAGAAAAGCGGUGCCCUCCUAGAAAGUGGAACCUAUGAAGAUAAUUACUACGGUACCCCAAAGCCUCCCGCAGAACCAGCUCCUUUAUUGUUAAAUGUAACAGACCAGAUACUUCCAGGAGCCACACCAAGUGCCGAAGGAAAACGUAAGAGGAAUAAGUCAGUAAGCAACAUGGAGAAAGCAGGAAUUGAGCCUCCUGAGGAGGAAGAAGAAGAACAACCUGUGGUCAAUGGAAAUGGGGUAAUAGUAACUCCAGAAUCAAGUGAACAUGAAGACAAGAGUACAGGUGUCUCAGGUGAGAUGCCCUCCCAGCCUUAUCCUGCACCAGUGUACAGUCAGCCUGAGGAACCAAAGGAAGAUAUGGAUAUAGUGAAGCCAACUAAACCUGAAGAGAAUGAUGAACUGGGCCCCUUGCCUGAUAAUUGGGAGAUGGCCUAUACAGAAAAGGGGGAAGUCUACUUUAUAGACCAUAACACAAAGACAACAUCAUGGCUGGAUCCACGACUUGCGAAAAAGGCUAAACCUCCAGAAGAGUGCAAAGAAAAUGAGCUUCCAUAUGGCUGGGAGAAAAUUGAUGAUCCCAUAUAUGGCACUUAUUAUGUUGACCACAUAAAUAGAAGAACACAAUUUGAAAACCCCGUCCUGGAAGCCAAACGAAAACUACAACAACAUAACAUGCCCAACACAGAACUUGGAACAAAGCCUUUGCAGGCCCCAGGUUUCCGAGAAAAGCCGCUUUUCACCCGGGAUGCAUCACAACUGAAAGGCACUUUCCUAAGCACAAUCCUCAAAAAGAGCAAUAUGGGCUUUGGAUUUACCAUCAUUGGGGGAGAUGAACCUGAUGAGUUUCUUCAGGUGAAAAGUGUAAUUCCUGAUGGACCUGCUGCUCAGGAUGGGAAAAUGGAAACAGGUGAUGUCAUUGUCUAUAUUAAUGAAGUUUGUGUCCUCGGACAUACUCAUGCAGAUGUAGUCAAACUUUUCCAGUCUGUUCCUAUUGGCCAAAGUGUCAACUUGGUGUUAUGUCGUGGAUACCCUUUGCCCUUUGAUCCCGAAGAUCCUGUUAACAACAUGGUGCCACCUCUUGCAGUCAUGGAGAGACCCCCUGUAGUGGUCAAUGGAAGACAUAACUAUGAAACUUACUUGGAAUACAUUUCUAGGACCUCCCAAUCUGUUCCAGAUGUAACAGAUCGACCUCCACAUUCUUUGCACUCCAUCCCACCUGACGGUCAGCUUGAUGGCACAUUCCCACCUCCCAUCCAUGAUGACAAUGUGUCAAUGGCUUCUUCCGGAGCUACCCAAGCUGAACUCAUGACCUUAACCAUUGUGAAAGGUGCCCAGGGCUUUGGCUUCACAAUUGCCGACAGUCCUACGGGACAGAGGGUGAAGCAAAUUCUAGACAUUCAGGGAUGCCCCGGCUUAUGCGAAGGUGACCUCAUCAUUGAGAUCAACCAACAGAAUGUACAGAACCUGAGCCAUACAGAAGUCGUGGAUAUACUUAAAGAGUGUCCCAUUGGAAGUGAGACUUCUUUAAUUAUCCAUAGAGGAGGUUUCUUUUCUCCUUGGAAAACUCCAAAGCCUAUAAUGGAGCGAUGGGAGAAUCAAGGCAGUCCUCAAACAAGUUUAUCUGCUCCAGCUAUACCACAGAAUCUCCCCUUUCCAACCUCCCUUCACAGGAGUUCAUUUCCUGACUCCACAGAGGCCUUUGAUCCGAGGAAGCCUGACCCAUAUGAGCUAUACGAGAAAUCCAGAGCAAUUUAUGAAAGUAGGCAACAAGUGCCACCAAGGACCGGUUUUCGAAUGGAUUCCUCUGGUCCAGAUUAUAAAGAGUUGGAUGUUCACCUUCGGAGGAUGGAGUCUGGAUUUGGCUUCAGAAUCCUUGGGGGAGAUGAACCUGGACAACCUAUUUUGAUUGGAGCAGUCAUUGCCAUGGGCUCAGCAGACAGAGAUGGCCGCUUGCACCCUGGUGAUGAACUGGUCUAUGUGGAUGGCAUUCCUGUGGCUGGAAAGACCCACCGAUAUGUCAUUGACCUCAUGCAUAAUGCAGCCAGAAAUGGGCAGGUGAACCUAACUAUAAGAAGAAAAGUGAUGUCUGUAGGGGAGCCGUGUCCAGAAAACGGGAGGAGUCCAGGCUCUGUGUCCACCCACCACAGCUCGCCACGCAGUGACUACGCCGCCUACACCAACAGCAACCACGCUGCUCCCAGCAGUAAUGCUUCUCCCCCCGAAGGCUUCGCAUCACACAGCCUCCAAACCAGUGACGUGGUCAUACAUCGCAAAGAGAACGAAGGGUUUGGUUUCGUCAUCAUCAGUUCCUUGAACAGGCCUGAGUCCGGAUCCACAAUAACUGUGCCACAUAAAAUUGGACGAAUUAUUGAUGGGAGUCCUGCUGAUCGCUGUGCAAAACUGAAAGUUGGAGACCGGAUAUUAGCUGUGAAUGGCCAGUCUAUCAUCAACAUGCCUCACGCAGACAUCGUGAAGCUCAUUAAAGAUGCGGGUCUUAGCGUAACUCUUAGAAUCAUUCCUCAGGAGGAGCUGAACAGCCCAGCAUCUGCUCCCAGUUCUGAGAAACAGAGCCCUAUGGCCCAGCAGCACAGCCCCACAGCUCAGCAGAGUCCACUGGCCCAGCCGAGUCCUGUGGCACCCAACAGCCCAGUCACUCAGCCGCCUCCUCCCCAGCCCCUCCAGCUACAAGGACACGAGAACAGUUAUAGGUCAGAAGUAAAAGCGAGGCAAGAUGUGAAACCAGACAUCCGACAGCCUCCAUUCACAGACUACAGGCAGCCUGCCACGGACUACAGACAGCCCCCACUGGACUACAGGCAUCCCCCAGGAGUGGACUAUCAGCAGCCUCCAUCCUUGGACUAUAGGCAGCCGCCUCUGUUAGACUAUAGGCAACAUUCUCCAGAUACAAGGCAAUAUCCUCUAUCAGAUUACAGGCAGCCCCAGGAUUUUGAUUAUUUUACGGUAGACAUGGAGAAGGGAGCCAAAGGGUUUGGAUUCAGUAUCCGUGGAGGAAGAGAAUACAAAAUGGAUCUGUAUGUGUUGAGGUUGGCGGAAGAUGGGCCAGCAAUAAGGAAUGGAAGAAUGAGAGUAGGAGAUCAGAUCAUUGAAAUCAAUGGGGAAAGCACAAGAGACAUGACUCAUGCCAGAGCGAUAGAACUAAUCAAGUCUGGAGGAAGAAGAGUGAGGCUGCUGCUGAAACGUGGGACAGGACAGGUCCCAGAAUACGACGAACCAAACUCCUGGAGUUCUCCCUCUGCCACCUCCACAGGUCUGCCGGAAGUAGUGGCUUCCCUUGAAGACAUAAUCUCACCAUUAUCUUCAUCGCAUCUAGCCCCACCCUCUGACCCUUCCCACCAGAUAAGCCCAGACCCAACUUGGGAUAUCAAAAGGGAACAAGAUGUUAGAAAACCAAAGGAGCUUUCAGCUAACGGCCAGAAGAAGAAAAGAUUAGGAGAACAAAGGGAAAGAUCCGCUAGUCCUAAGAAGGUUGAUAGGUCCAAGCCUGAGGAGACCUCCAGCAAAGGAUCAUCCGAGUGCAAAUCCAAGAAAAGCGAGGGCGGCAGGCCCCCCUCGGAGAGCAAAGCCAUUGGACAGAUCGCCGUCCCCGAAGUGGGAGGAGCAGGGGAGACCAUGUACGCUGGGACCAAUGAGGAACCGCGCGGGAAGCCUAAGGCCACGGAUGCCAACAGAGGUGGGUCCCUCGGGAGGAAAGAGGAUCUCCGAGCUUUGGGUCCGGCGGAGAAGAAAGCCGCAGCAGCUCCUGAUCACAGCCAGCUCGAAUCACUCGGUGCUACAAAGGCAUAUGGUAGCAAUAGCUGCAGCCCGUACGCGAGCGACGUGGACCACAGCCGGCGAGAGCCUGACGGGAAACACGGCGAGUUCCCGAGGAAGGGACCCUUCCAUUGUAGUAGCGCUCGCCAUGCCACCACCGCCACUCGGAAGGCAACUGUGUCACCAGGACCUUGGAAAAUCCCUGGUUCUGACAAGUUACCUAGUGUACUGAAAUCUGACACUUCAGCCAUGAGCAGAUAAAGCGAUGCAGCUGUUGCCCUCCAUUUCACAUCAAUACAGAACAUUCUUCUUAGGUUCUGUCUCACAAUGUUUUAAUUUAUUUUCACUGUCACACAUAGAUCCAUGAGACAUCAAAGCCUGGAAGCAUCAACAGUGGAACUCUAGUCCGUGAGGAUAUACAGAGCAUCCAACAGAGUCAACGCGGAGAUUACAAAAGUGAUCCCGGAGUCCCCUGUUCCAUUUGAGGGACUUGGGCAGCUAUGGAAGAACCAAAAUAUCCUAAAGUACAAUUGGAGAAAGACAGUGCAGUGUAGCUUUAGUCUUUUUUCCCCCGCUGCAUGAAGGAUUUGGGUGUCAUUUACAAACUUUAUAUGAAGAAACUGGACAAGCAAUCACAAACUGGAAUAUCGCCUUAAAAAUCAAACUGCACGGAGCAAGCUGAAACUGAGAAAAAGAGUAUAUCUUUUAACUGAGCUAAAGUGUUGUAAAUAAAUUGUUCUCAACGUAUCUAGCCAGGGGUUAAAGGGUUUCUUUGAAACAUUCAGAACUGUGCACCCAUGACAUAUUUCCAUGGUACACACUUUGGGACAGUCCACACCUGGCCCUAGCAGCCUCCUUCAUCUGUGGGCUUCAGGAGGACUAGGAAAUUGAGUCAAUUAAUUGGUGUGAUGCCAUUUUUACUGCCAUUUUGUGAACAAAUCCUAUUUCUGUACAUUUAGGGUAGGGGAAAUGGAAGGGGAACCAAGUUAUGUUUCAGAAAAUCAUGUCCUGGAAAACAAUUUGCCACAAGUUAGAAUUUGGGGAUUUAGCUCACAGAUUAGCACUGGUCAUUGUCGAAAAUGUAGAUUUUUACACCCGCAGGACAGAAUCUAAUGAUUAUCAAGAGUGGAGAAGCUGCAGUUUCCUUACAAAAACAAAAAAAAACAAACAAAAAAACAAAAAACAAAAAACAAAACAAAAAAGGCUUUCCUAUCCUCUCUUAGUAGCAGAGACAGAUACCUUUCUUACUAGCGGUGCUAUAGUUCACUCUUUUUUAUUACCUUCUGUUAGGCCAUCUUUCUACUUCUUCUAAUUUACUUGGGAAGAGCAGAUGUUUGCAAAAUAGUCCAUCCUACAUUAUUGGAGUCUUAAUGCCUUCCAAGUAUAAAAAGCCAUCAUUAUGACCAAUUUGUUUUCACUAAAAGACAUUUUAUCAUUCCUUUCUGCCUCUGAGCUUUCAUUUUCUCCUUCUUUUGUUUUAUGGAGUCCACUUUUGUCUUGAACCCUUUAGUCAAGUCCACUUUUUUUUUUCCAUGCAUGUCUAGACCCUGGAGUUACUCUUCAUGGAAGAUUGAUUUCCUAGCAAAAUUCUAAGACACCAUUUUCUGCCUUGAUUUUUUUUGGUAAUAGAAAAAGUUGUAAACACUGGUAAAUUUGCCAUGGAUAAUCACUUCAUGAAUACAUCUGUGAGAAGUCAACAUGGAGGCUUCUAAAAAAGCACCCAAACAGUCCUUUCUCUUUAAUGUGCUCUGCUCAAAAGAGGCUUCAGUCCAUUGUAAGUUACUUCAAUAGCAUCCUUUCCACAACUGUCAUGCUUUGUAGGAGUUCAGAUGCAAAUAAGCCACACUUCCUUGCCAUCUCCAAAUCUGUAGUCAAAGAAGUCAUAUAGGGAGAUCGGUUCCAUCAGGCUGAGUCAAAAGGCAGUGGCCUCGCUUGAUUGAUUCUUUGGCAUGUGUUCCUCUGUAUGUAUGUCUCUCUCUCUAUGUGUGUGUCUACCCACGUCUCUCUGUCUAUCUUUUUCUCUC